AACAAGCAACCACAUGACAUCUUUGACUAAUCUGUUGCACAAAAACAAUAAUUAACCCGCAUCAAUCUUCAACUGGUCAACAUAAAAUCUACUGUUGGACAGCAACACCGCAGCACCUUGUACUAAUUUUUUUUAUGCUUUCAUCCAACUACUGACAAAGAAUUCUCGUCAGUUUUUCAAGUUCAGAACAAAGGCAGGAACUCUGAUUAGGUGUAGCCUCAUAUACAGUACUAAUAUAUGCUAGGAGCACUUAAUUAAUUGCUGUUCCUCUCUAGGUAGUACUUAAUUAAUUAGGAGUACUAAUUUUGCACUUUGUGACACGUUUUAUGUUGAUUCACAGUGACUUGAUUCAAGCACAAGAGAGGUGGUCACAGCAACAUGUGCAAAAUUGUCAUUAGACGAAACGUAUCAAGCUCUAAUUGCAGCCGAAGAAGCAAGAAGCAAACCAUCCAAUCAGCUGCACAGCUAGUCAACACAAGCUAGUCAAACCGUUGACUACCACUGUCUUUGUUGCGCGCCAGAUUUUUCCACGGUGCACAGCCGCAACGAGAUGGAGACAUGGAUAGAGUAAUAAGCAGCAGUAGCAAUGCAACGCAAUGCAACACUUGAAUCACUUGCAGCUUGGAACUGAUCUGAUCAGCCAUGGCGGUCGGCGUCGUCGCCGGCGUCGAGAGCCAGGAGCGCCGCGGCGGCGGCGCCGGAACCGGAAGGGUCACCGCGUUCGUCGUGCUGUCGUGCGUCACCGCCGGCAUGGGCGGCGUCAUCUUCGGCUACGACAUCGGGAUCGCAGGUGGCGUGUCGUCGAUGGAGCCGUUCUUGAGGAAGUUCUUCCCGGAGGUGCACCGGCGGAUGGAGGGCGACGUGCGGGUCAGCAACUACUGCAAGUUCGACAGCCAGCUGCUCACGGCGUUCACCUCCUCGCUCUACGUCGCCGGGCUCCUCACCACGUUCGCCGCGUCGCGGGUCACGGCGGGGAGGGGGCGCCGCCCGUCCAUGCUCCUCGGCGGCGCCGCCUUCCUCGCCGGCGCGGCCGUCGGCGGCGCGUCGGUGGACAUCUACAUGGUCAUCCUCGGCCGCGUCCUCCUCGGCGUCGGCCUCGGCUUCGCCAACCAGGCCGUGCCGCUCUACCUGUCGGAGAUGGCGCCGUCGCGGUGGCGCGGCGCGUUCAGCAACGGCUUCCAGCUCAGCGUCGGCGUCGGCGCGCUCGCCGCCAACGUGAUCAACUACGGCACGGAGAAGAUCAGGGGCGGGUGGGGAUGGCGCGUCUCGCUGGCGCUCGCCGCCGUCCCCGCCGGGCUCCUCACCCUCGGCGCGCUCUUCCUCCCGGAGACGCCCAACAGCCUCAUCCAGCAGGGCAAGGUCGAACGCUGCGACGUCGAGCAGCUGCUCAAGAAGAUCCGCGGCGCCGACGACGUCGCCGACGAGCUCGACACCAUCGUCGCGGCGAACAGCGCCACGGCCGGAGUCGGCGGCGGCGGCCUGCUGAUGCUUCUCACCCAGCGACGGUACAGGCCGCAGCUCGCCAUGGCCGUGAUGAUACCCUUCUUCCAGCAGGUGACCGGGAUCAACGCGAUCGCGUUCUACGCGCCGGUGCUCCUCCGCACCAUCGGCAUGGGCGAGAGCGCGUCGCUGCUGUCUGCGGUGGUGACGGGGGUCGUCGGCGUGGGCGCGACGCUCCUCUCCAUGUUCGCCGUCGACCGCUUCGGCCGCCGCACGCUGUUCCUCGCCGGCGGCGCCCAGAUGCUCGCAUCGCAGGUGCUGAUCGGCGGCAUCAUGGCGGCGAAGCUGGGCGACGACGGCGGCGUGAGCAGGGCGUGGGCGGCGGCGCUGAUCCUCCUGAUCGCGGCGUACGUCGCCGGAUUCGGGUGGUCGUGGGGGCCGCUGGGCUGGCUCGUCCCCAGCGAGGUGUUCCCGCUGGAGGUGAGGUCGGCGGGGCAGAGCGUGACGGUGGCGACGAGCUUCGUGUUCACCGUGUUCGUGGCGCAGGCGUUCCUCGCCAUGCUCUGCCGCAUGAGGGCCGGGAUCUUCUUCUUCUUCGCCGCGUGGCUCGCCGCCAUGACCGCGUUCGUGUACCUCCUCCUGCCGGAGACCAAGGGGGUGCCCAUCGAGGAGGUCGCCGGCGUGUGGCGGGGCCACUGGUUCUGGUCCAGGGUCGUCGGCGGCGACGGCGAGGAGGAGGAGCGCAAUAAUGGCGGGAAGCUUUGACUGAAACAACGCGCGCGCGCAAUAUCCAAAGUGCGUUGCACGAAUCUUGACGCGCAUCUCCCCCCCUCCGUUUCUAUGCUACCUUGUUCAGAAAACAGAACACACCUACAGAUUCAGAGUUUUCAGACACAUCAAGGCUUAAGAACAUACUCCCUCCGGUUUGAGAUUAAUUGAUGGGUUACUCCUUCAUGUUUGAGUUUAAUUGAUGUUUUAGCUUUCUCCA